GACACCUAAAGUGCGCGCCAAUCGCCAACUUCGCCGUCAGAGACAGUAGUCAAGUCGAAGAGAGUGCCGGAAAGAUGAGCUAUUCAAGGAGCGUGACCCUGCUGUUGCUCCUGCCAGUCCUGGCACGUGCCCCCAUAGUACCAAUUCAAAGUGCCGCCCUACUCGAUGCCCCGCCAUGCCCUGAUCCUUAUGGAAUUCACGCUUACGCUCACCCUGAAGACUGCGGGGCCUUCUUCUUGUGCACGAACGGCACGCUGACCUUCGAAUAUUGCGAGAACGGACUUCUGUUUGACGGGCACGGUGCUGUCCAUAAUCAUUGCAAUUAUAAUUGGGCCGUCGAUUGCGGUAAUCGCAAGGCUGACUACACGCCGAUCAGCAGCCCGGGCUGCGAGUAUCAGUUCGGCAUAUAUCCAGAAAGCGACACUUGCAGCACCAAUUACAUCAAGUGUGUCCACGGUGAGCCGCAACAGGCUCACUGCGACCCCGGUCUGGUCUACAACGGCAAGACUCACUCGUGCGUCUGGCCGGACGAACUCAUCCCCUUCUGCAACCCCGAGGCUAUAGUGGGCUUCAAAUGCCCGCACAAGCUGCCCCCCCACAGCGCCGCCGCCAAAUUCUGGCCCUACCCGAGAUUCCCCGUGCCCAAUGACUGCGGUAGAUUGAUCACCUGCGUGGACGGACAUCCGCGACUUCUCACUUGCGGAGAGGGAAAACUAUUCGACUCGGUGAGCCUGACUUGCCUGGACCCGGACGAGGUUCCUCACUGCUCAAAUGGUAUUUAAAUGUGAAGAUAUAUUCCUGACAAUCACCCAGCCUUGAAAUCGAUAAUUUUGGCAAAGAGAUGUAACAAUAUUAGCUGGAGAUUAUGUGUAUAAUUGUAAAAAAUUAAAUUAUCACAGGACAAGAUUGAUUCUAAAAAUUACUUAAAAACAGAUAAAAAAGAUUAUGUGUAUAAUUGUAAAAAAUUAAAUUAUCACAGGACAAAGUUGAUUCUAGAAACUAUUUAAAAACACAUAAAACACACACACACAUACACAGAGGAAAAAUUCAAUCAUAAAAAUCAAAGAAAUUACAAAUAGAAAAAUUAUAAGAUAUUAUUAAUAAUACAAACAUCUUAUACAGAAAAUAAUUAGAGGAAAAUAAUAAUAAUGGAAUAGAUGUAUAUUCCUGUUUAGAUUUCAUUUUGGUUCGGCGUUGCCAAUAGAUAAAACAUAUCAAACGUAAAUUAUUAUUAUAAUAAUAGACGUUUAAAGGAGACCAGCUGAAUGUACAGUGCGUGGAGAGCAAGUACGAUAUGUAGUACAUAUAGUGUAUUUAUGUAAUACGAUAUGUAAUACAUAUAAUGUAUUUAUGAUAAAUAUAGUAACAAUGUACAGCCAGGCAACAUUGAAUAAAAUCUGGACAUGCGUAUAAAAA